AUGUCAACAUCCCAAGGAGUCAAUGUACGCAAUUCCCAGCCGCCCAACAUUUCCAGAUGCUUGGUUGAUGCGUUUUCGCAUUGUGACCAACCAGCCGCUGACUACAUCCAGGUACUCCGGUGGUCAGCUCUUGUUGCAGGUAUCUUCUACGGAUUUUCGCACCAGAGAACGAUCAACGCACAUAACGCGGCUGCACACGAGAAGGCCCAAUAUGACCACAAAGCCGAAUUAAUACAAAAGGCCAAGCUGGAAUGGGCGAAGAAGACGCUGCCUCCUCAAUCAAAGACGGCCAGCGAUGACAUCAUUACGGAUCCCAAUGACAAGAAUUUCGAUCUCGAGGCAUACCUAACAAAGCUUUCCGCCGAAAGCUGA